UAAAAAAAAAUCUACAGGACAUCGAUCAAAAAAAUCCCUAGUUUUUUCUAAAGAAAAUGUGAAUAAGUUUUUAAAUGAAGCACCCGAUGAAGUUUAUUUAGGCUACAAGGCAGUUGUAAUUUUUGGAAUAGCUGGUGCACUCAGACGAGCAGAGUUUAUAAACUUAACGGUCGAUGAUGUUAAGAAUUUGGAUGAGUCUGUGCUGUAUAUUAAAAUUGAUGAAACUCAAAAUAAUGUACCAAGGUCAUUCACGAUAACAGGAGAGUUUUAUAAUAUUUGUAUAAAGUAUAUGCAAUGCAGACCAAAAGUAAAUACAACUAAAAGAUUCUUCUUAAAAUAUACAAAUAGUAAAUGUGUCAACCAACCAAUUGGAGUUAAUAAAAUCCCUAAAAUAGCAAAAGAAAUAGCUGCCUAUCUAAACUUGCCGAAUCCUGAAGGGUUUACCGGUCACGCCUUCUGCAGAACUUCUGCGACGUUAUUAGUUGAUGCUGGUGCAGAUUUAACUACGCUCCAAAGACAUGGUGGAUGGAAAUCUAGUGGAGUUGCUUUUGGAUACGUUGCUGACUCUUUAAAUAAUAAAAAAAAAAUUUAUGAGCAGAUUAGCGAUGGAAUUAAAUUAAAUAACCGAGUCAAUCAUCCAAUUCCUACUUCUAGCUCAGUGACGAAUCCAGAAAUUACAACAGUAUCGGAACAAACUCCAUCUACUCGUCCAUGUUCAAGUUCAUCAAAUGCAGAAAAUGAAGACACCUUAGGACAAAAAUUAAAGUCUUAACCUCAAGAUUUAUUUCAAAAGGACCAAAUGCGCAAGGAGAUU